AUCAGCUGUGUCCAAUCACAGCUGAUCACAUCGGUCACGCUGACAGCUCGAGAGAGUGCCUUGAUGAUCAGUGUGGCCCCAGAAGUGCCACCUGUCAGUGUCCAUCAGUGCCAUGUACCAGUGCCCAUCAGUGCCACAUCAAUGCCACAUAUCAGUGCCCAUCUGAGCUGCCUUUCAAUGUCAUCCAUCAGUGCCAGUCAGUGCAACCUACCAGUGCCUCCUCAUCAGUGCCCAUCAGUGCCACCUAUCAGUGUCUAUCGCUGCAGCCUUAUU